UGCAUGAACACAAACAUGUCGUUCGACUCUCACAAUGGCGUUCAUCGCGUCUGUUGAACAGAAGCUUGAUGCUCGUCGAGUUUGAAAAGAAAAGCGCAGAAGAUGCUGCACUGUGUCGUGGGGCUACUCGUCUAUUCCGGGACAUGUCUGGUUCAGGGGAAGGAGUUUUGUUUUGGUGUGAACAAUGAACAGUACCACUGUGAGAUGGGCUACUGUUGUGGAGAGACCGAGUGCUGCACCUACUAUUACGAGCUGUGGUGGUUCUGGUUGGUGUGGACGCUCAUCAUUAUGCUGAGCUGCUGCUGCGCGUACAGACACCGGCGUGUAAAGAUGCGUCUGCAGCAGGAGCAGAGACAGCGUGAGAUCAGUCUCAUGGCGUAUCAGGGUGCCUCCAGCUCCUUCAUCACUCCUCCACCUCUGAACCUGCGGUUCUGGAGCGACUGCAAGCUGCCCGACUAUGAGGAGGUCGUAGGUCACCCCCCGACCCCGCCUCCACCCUACUCAGAGAUGCCCCCAGAUGCCCUGCUCCCCAGUGGGCAAUCAGAGGAAGCAGUGGUACUCGAGUCCCCCGUGGAGGAGAUGGCCCGUGAUUGGUCUGAUCAGGAUGUGGUGGCCACCGUGGAGGAGUCAGAGGAACUGAACACACGGCGCCGACACGUGACUGGUGACUCGGGCAUUGAGGUGUGCAUGUGCCAACUGGACGUAGAUGAGGAGGAGGGUCGAGUGUGCCAGGGAUCAGGUGAUGUGUGCUGCUCCGGGCGACAGACCCUUGUGGAUAAAGAACUGUUGCCUGAGGACGCCAGUGCUGCCGACUGACUCGUCUGAUUCCUGCAAUAAAACCUGCGAAUAAUGGAGCACAAACCUCGUGAACACAAAGAAGGGCAAACUUGAUUUUUGAUAUUGAUCAACAGCUUGAGCUCAUAUUUCUGCUUUUUGUUUCUGUGGUGUUUUUCUGCCACACACACAAACACACACACACACUGAUAGAAUGAUCUAGAGACGAGUUUUUGUUUGUCACACAGCUGCACCAUGACAUCAUCAUCAGAGUGACGGUCACAUGUGCAGCUUUUCCCAGAGGAACGACACGCGCACACAUUUCAGCAGGGUGUUAAAGAUGACAUCAACAGCAGUUUAGAGGUGAUAAUGGGGCGUGUAUUUUUAUGUACUCAACGUGACCUGUGUAAUGUGAGAAUCUAUAAAAUCCCCAUGAGUCUCUGCUUUGAUAAACACGCAUGAUCAUUUCAUCACUAUCAUUAAAGGAAUAGUGCGCACAAAAAUGGUCAUUCUCCCAUCAUUUACUCACCUUUACGAUGUCUCACUCAUAUGACUUUCUUCUGCAGAACACAAAGAUAUUUUGUUGGAGAAAUGAGGUGUUUUUGUUCAUACAAUGUCAAUGGAGCUCCAAAAAGCGCAUGAAGGCAUCAUAAAGGUAAUCCAGUGGUUUAAUCCAUGUCUUCUGAUGAGAUACGAUCAGUUUUGGGUGAGAAACUAACCAAAAUGUAACUACUUUUUUACUAUAAAUCUUGACAUCCGCAGUCUCCUUGAUGAAAUCAUGAUUUGAAGCUUGAUUGCACUUCCUCGUGCUUGACGCAUAUGCAGAGCACUGUAAACACUUCAGAAGAUAUGGAUUAAACCACUGGAUUACUUUUAUGAUGCCUUGAAAGACCCCAUUGACUUGCAUUGUAUGAACAAAAACACCUCAUACUUCCAGAAAGUCAUACGAGUUUGAGACGUUAGAAAGUUGAGUAAUUGAUGAGAAAAUUUUCAUCUUUUGGGUGAACUAUUCCUAUAAGUGUCUCUCAGCUCUUGACACGCUGCUGCAGUUGUACAGCUGAUUUGAAAGAUUUUUGUGGCCUUGUGUUUUACACCGCUCAUGUGAACUGACGUGUGUGUAAGCAGGUGUCCUGUGAAACGUGUGACACUUUUUGUUUCAGGAGCAGAGACGCUUUGAGUUUCAUGGAGAUGAGCGUCUCAGUGUCACAUCGGUCUAAUACUUCUCUUCUAGAUAAAACACUGAUUGGUGGCAUGUUUAAAUAAAUGUUAAAGCUGCAAGUGUGGGAAUAUUUGCCUUCUGGAGAUUUCCAGAUGGGCUCGUUCAAUACCAGAUGAUCACAGGAUGCUUUGCAUGAAAACAAAUGUACUUUAUGUGUUUGUCAAAUGAAAGAACAAAAAUGAUUGUUUUCUGCCCUUCCCUGUACACUGAGUCUGGUGUGUGUCCUACAGGUUUACAUUGUAGAUUUGUGGAGUUUGUGUAGUGAUUCUCACAAAACCUGCCAAGAAACUGUCCUGGUCAUAUUUAACCCCAAAACAGCUUAAAAAAAAUAUGCCAUUGUAUUUUUCAUGAAGAAAAAAAAAAAAAGCCUAUGUUUAGGAUCAUUGACCCCACAA